AUGACGGAUGGGCCGGGAGUGUUAUUAUUCCCGAUGGAGACAGACGGAUGGGCCGAGGUGGUUGGAUAUUAUGUAGAUGGGUGUACCAAGGUAGAUGUGUAUCAAAUAGCCGGGUGGGCCGAUGGAAAUGAAUAUUCCAUAGACGGAUGGGCCGAGGUAGUUGGAUAUUAUGUAGAUGGGUGUACCAAUGUAGAUGUGUAUCAAAUAGCCGGACGGGUGGGCCCAGAUAUAUAUCCUAUUAGAUGGUAUUUUGUAGACGGGUGGGCCGAUGGAAAUGAAUAUUCCAUAGACGGAUGGGCCGAGGUAGUUAGAUAUUAUGUAGAUGGGUGUACCAAGGUAGAUGUGUAUCAAAUAGCCGGACGGGUGGGCCGAGGGAGUGGUGAAAUAUUUAUUAUAUAUAUGGACGGGUGGGCCCAGGAGAAUGAUAAUUGUAGACGUGGUGGAGCUCAGCUUUGCAAAGGGGUGAAGUGGAAACUUGUGUUCCAGGCCCUGUUCAUCAAAGCUUUGAGAUGGAAGAUGAAGGUCUUGCAGUAUGGCAUGGAGCUUUGCAAAGUGGUGAAGUGGAAACUCGAGCAAAGUGGACCGAGUUCUGAGACCUGGCACACUUCCAAUCAUCUGGUAUUUCAUUGGGCAAUGGAUGAUAAGAGGUCUUUGAAAGCCAACAUCAUCCAAGCCAACCAAAUGCCAAAUGCCAAGUUCCAACUACCGAAAAUUGAGUGA